AUGGCGGAGAGGAGACGGAGUGAGGACGGACCAACCGCCAAGACACCACAUCUGGAAGACAAUCAUCCUCAAGCUACGAGGGAUCGCCUAAGUAAGUUUUACAAUGUCUUUCGCCUCCUGUGCCAAAAGUGCUGGUGCUUCACCAAACUGCAGCUCCCAGGCCUCUCUGUGUUUUUGAACCCAUUUUCUUUGGCUCGCCGUGGCUUUAACUGCAAAAUAUGCUGGAGGAUUGAAACUUUGCAUUUUGCUCAUGUUGCUGUGAAUUCCGAUGCCUGUUCCCUUGAUGUUCACAAUCGUCCUUUCUUUUUUUCCGUCCCAGGUGAAUGUACGGCAUUCAAGGAAAAAUUCAUGCAGUGUCUCCGGGCGAAUCACUUUGAGAACGCUUUGUGCAGAGAGGAAUCCAAGGAAUACUUAGAAUGCAGAAUGGAGAGGCAACUUAUGGCCAGAGAGCCGCUGGAAAAACUGGGCUUCAAAGACCAAACAGAAGAGAAACCAGCAAGCCAGCCUCAGGCGCUGUGAAGCUUUCCCGUCUUUUGGAGGAGUGUCACGUCUACAGUAGUACAUAUUGUACAUUGCAGUAUUUUAUUCUGACGUGAAGUGGUUCUUGGAAGAUAGUUUUACGCCAGGGAGUGGGACUGUAUUCCCAAGGAGAGGAGAACUUAAUGCCCUUGCAAGGUCUUGUUCCCCUUUGGCUGGCUGAACCAGCAACCAGGGCUGGAUAUUUAUUUCAGGCAGGAAGCUGGAAUGAUAAAGUGUCUUUGCAUACUGGA